ACUUUAUUAGUUUGUCAAUUCAUUUACAAAAUUCAAUCAUCAAUAUGCUGACGAUUGACAUUUGAGAUACAAAUCCCAACAAGAUAGAGACCCAUAGAUAGAUACAUUCGUAUCUCCGAUCAUCUCUUGGCCGCCAGCCCCUGACUGGAUGCAGAAUCUAGAGGGCGGCUGGGGAGACCUCUCUGAAGAGUUGCUGCGCCAGGAUGCCGAUCCCGAACAUCGAUUCCGACUUUCACAAGACAACCGAAUGGGAAUUAAUAACGCUUUAGAGGCGGUGGCGCAAAUUGGCAUCUUGCUGCUUCCUUACCUUGGGAGUCGAAGGAUCCCGCGCAUUGUCAUCGACGAUGGAUCGGCCCAGCCUCCUCAAGGACGACCGCUGGUCGAGGUGUUCUUUGUGCGCAUCGACAACAUCGACGACGAGGACCCAGGCGACCUCUACGGCUGGAUAACGGUCGCCGACGGAUUGCGGACUCAAUACAUCUACAACCGAGCAAGAGGCGAUUACGAAUCCAUCCGCCCCCGCGAGUUUGCUUUGCUGACUGGCCCAGGCCGAGCCAUCUCAGCCUACGGGAGCUUCACCAUCGAUGUAGAUCUCAAGGAUAGGGAUGCUGACUUGUCUCCAGAUGACGAAGUCAGCCGUGGGCAGAUCUCGUGGAACGUUUACAACACCACCAACGAGUACGACGAGCCUCUGUUUUGCCGCGUUGACGGCAAGAAUGGUCAGAUAACAGUGAAGUACGCGGUGUUAAGUGAUGCGGUGGCGGCCAUUCUGGAGGUCACGCUCAUAGACGGAGACAGGGAAGACCCAGCCGAAGUUUAUGGAGGACUUGCUGCUCUUAAUGGUCUCGGUGAAAGUGAGCUCUUCCGAAAGGGGUCGGACGACUACAUAGAAGUAAGACCUGGGCAGCGCAUCCCGUUGUCGAGGUCCAUGGUAGCAGUGCCGCUGUACUCCUCCCUCACAGUUCGAGCGGAUCUAUAUGAUCACGACAGCGACCCUUCUCCCAACGAUGAGAUUGCCAACGGCACUGCAGUGUUCCCUGCUCGACUCGACGGUACAUUCGCGGAGGAAAUUUCUGGCAACGACGGUAAAAUUCAAGUGAAGGUGACCUGGACCGUAGAUAUCUGAAGUAUAUAUAUGCUACUAUAUAAGGAUGAUGAUAUGAAUAGGCUUGUGGUAGACUUUGAUUAUGCGUGUUGUUAUCAUGGUUGUCCGCUUUGCUUCCUGAGCGUUAGUGUAUGUUAUGAGUCCGAAUCCUCUGCAAUGUAUGUGCUUUCCCUAGUAAACACUAAGUUUGCAUAAAUAAAUAGUAAUCUUGCAGAAAUAAA